AAUUGUACUAUUGAACUUGAUAAUUUACUAAUGAUUUUAUUUGAUCUUCAGCCACUACAACUAUCAAUCAAAAGGUCUGCAAUCUAGUGAUGAUUAAAUAAAGUUUGAAUUUUAAUUAUUACGAGACACAAUAGGAUCUUCUUUAAUUUUUUUUCCACUAGAGUCUAACGCUCAUAUUUCUCACAGCUGAAAUGUUUAUUUGCCAAUAUUCUACUAAAAAAUUUAUGUGAGAAUUCAACACGUGAACGUUUUGUUUUGCAAGUGAGGAGUCGAAAAAUAAAACAAAAUAUAAACAUGGACCAAGUAAACCUAUUUGCAUACGAUAUUAUUUGAAUUAUAUAUUGUACUUUGUGGUAACUAAUAUCGGUCGAUACUUUUAAUACUAUAUUAUGCAAAAAAAAAAUACUCAAUUUUUUAUAGCUCAUGGGGAGAGUUUUGAUUUGUACAUAUAAAUAUUUAAUAUUGACUAAGUGCAUUUGUAGACAUAAAUCUUGGCACGAAAAAUAUUUUUCAAUUUAUAAUAAAUUAUUAUUUGAGUCAUUGCAAUGAAAGAUAUUAUGAACAAAAAUAUCAAGCUUACACAAAUUAAUUAUUUUUGGAGUUUUACUAAAAUACUCUUAAAAGUAGUUGCCAUUUGGCCGGUUACAAAGAAUAAUUUGACCCAUAAGAAAUAUAUAGAUUCAAUUCAUUUUUUUAGUGUUAGUUUUUCAGCUCUUUUGCAAUUUAUUUUGAUGGGUAUAAUGUGUUUAAAAUUAACGGAUUUUAAUUCAGCAGCUGAAAGUAUUGGACCGAUGAUGCAGUUAAUAAUAUCAUUUGGAAAAUUAUGUAUCUAUCGAUCACACAAAAAAAAUUUAGCUAAAUUAUCUAUUAAACUAGAAUAUUGUUUAGAAAAUUUAGAUAAAAAUUCAAUAACAAAUAUUUAUUUUAAAAGUUAUAUGAAAUUAGCAAGUUUCAUAUGUUUUGGAUUUUAUGGAAUAGCAAUAUUUUUAUCAAUUGGAUAUCUUGCUGGUCCUUUAUUAGAAGAAAAUCGAACUUUACCAUUCAAUGUUUAUUAUCCUUGGGAUUGGAAACAUUCAAGAAUUUUUUACGCUAUUUCUUAUGUACAUGAAAUUAUUAUAACUGUUGUUUUGGGUUGCACUAGUGCAAGUGAAUUUUCAUAUGUUUGGUGUAUAUUAUAUUGUUGUGCAAGAUUCAAAGAAAUUCAUCAAAAACUUGUAUCAAUUCCUAACGAUAACAAUAACAAGAAUACGCAAAAAUUUUUGUCUUCAAUUGUCAAGUUUCACGAAGAUGUUCUUUGGUAA